GAAAUUGAAAUGAAGAUAAUUAAGUUGUUAUGUCUCAAGCAGUCAUGCAUCCUUUUCCUUCUUGUGCUCAUUGUGUAUGCAGUGUGUUCUCGUCUUUUGAGCAUGUCAAUGUCAAGAACAUCAGAUGAUCUGCUUUCACCUCACAUGCUCAAAAUAAUGAGGGAGCGGCGUCACCAGCUUACUGGAAACAGCUCAGCAUUGAAUGUCUUACGCAAGUCGUGUGUGUCCAUUGACAGCAUUAAGGCUGGAAGAGAAGGUCAGGCGCCUGAGGGGUUCCGUCUGCGCGCCGCGCUGCUGCUGGUGCGCCACGGCGACCGCGGCCCGCUGCUGCCGGUGAGGAACCUCUCCGACAUCGACUGCGGCGUGCCGGCGGUGCUGCCGGCCGGUCUGCGCUCCGUGUACGCCGGCUACGGCCGGGCGGCGAGCCGCGCGGCGGCCGGCUGGCGCGCCCGGCUGGAGGCGGUGGGCGGCACGGGCGCGCUGCUGCCCGCCGACGGCCGCUGCCGCCAGGGCCGGCUGACGCCGCGCGGCGUGCUCCAGCUGCUGCGGCUGGGGACCGCGCUGCGGCCGCGCUACGCGCCGCUGCUGGCCGGCGUGGCGCCGCAGCGGCUCACCGUCUACUACUCGCCCACGGAGCGCACACUCCAGAGCGGCGCCGCGCUGGCCUUCGCGCUGGCCGGCGAAAAGUCGCUCGGCGGUGCCGUCUGGCAGGCCACGCGCAACGUGGAUCUGUGCGUGACGCAGUGCAGUUGCCCGGCGGCGCGGCAGCUGUACACCCGCGCCGGGCUGGCGGCGCGCCGCCGACAGGCCGACCACCCGGCCUUCGGCGAGCUGGUGUCGCGGCUGGGGCCGCUGGCGGUCGAGCAGCCGCCGGAGGCGCCGCCGCUGCGUCCCGCCGAGCUGUGGGACGCGCUGCUGGCGUCCGCCUGCCACCAGGCGCCGCUGCCGUGUCUGGGCGAGAGCUGCGUCUCGGCCGCGGACGCCGGCAGCCUCGUGGUGUUUCGCCAGUGGGAGGCGCGCCAGCCGCGCUCCCAGGAGCUGCGCAGCGCCGCCAGACUGCGCAUGCGGCGCUUCUUUGAGGAGGCGGGCCGCCAGCUGAGCCGAGGGGUCUCCGGCGAGCGGACGGCGCCCCUGCUCACCGUCUGGGCGGGCCACGACCUGACGCUGAGCGCUGCGCUGCUGGCUCUGGGGGUGCGCGCCCUGUCGGCCCAGUUCCAGCCGCCGUACGCCUCCCGGCUGGCCAUCGAGGUAUACGAGCCGACGCCGGCCAACCCUCAGCGGCUGUGGCAGUUCCGACUGCUGUACAACGGCGAGGACGUGACGCCGCUGGUGCCCAUGUGCGCCGGCGCGCCGUCUGGCCGACUCGACCUGUGUCCGCUGCAGACGCUGCUCGACUUCACCGGGCCGGGGUACAUGGCGCCGUUCGGCGGACGGAGCUACGAGCAGGUGUGCGCCGACACUAACCUCUGAGCGGCGGGGACCACCGGCCGGCGCGGCAGCGUCUCCGGGUCAGGUACGGCGCCAGUGGUGCACAGGGUGGGCCGCCGCUGCACG